AUGGAAGGCCCCAAAGACACUGACCCAAAGCAUUCUGUCAAGUGGAACGGGAGUUCCCCAAUCACUAAACCAAAUUUCGAUGAACAAGCGGCGUCUUCAGAAACGCUAGUUGGUGAGUAUGAGCGCCCCAUGAUAAUGACGACGCCAGGCCCAGCGGCGAGUAUUUCUACGACAAAUAUUUUGUCUGUCGUGGUCCAAUGUCUUAAAGAUUUAAGUCAGCUUGUUCUCAAAGGCUUGUCAUCGUUCGCCUCGGAAGUCCCACCACCGCUAUGGAAAGAUGAGCUGGGACGUUUGCGGGUUUGGACUGUCAAUAUCGGGGCGCAUCAGACCGGUGAAUCAUCGCUAGAUUAUCGAUUAAGAGAUACAUCCCACAUUAAAGAGCAGACACUUCGCGUGCUUCAGCGGCUGCAACGAAUUACCCAAGAUAUCAAUGAUGUUUUACAUCACUCACCUGAAGAUGACGACUUCUCGGAUAUAAGUGGGGAUGAAGAUGAUGACGAGCAUCAAACAGAAAUACAGUCUAUAUAUCAUGCUCUGCGAGAUACUAUCAACAACCUGUUCCAGAAGUCAAUGGUCAUCCAGAAGCCAGCCCGGCAUGAUCGCCUUCUUGGCGCCAAAAGAUCAGAUGCAGUCCUCUAUGAACCUUUUGACCGGCAACAUGUCACAGAAAAAUACCCGCAAGCGGGGGAAGAUGUUCUGAACCGUCUUGGACUGGCAAUAUCACAACGUCGAGCUGUAAUGCGGUAUCGUGAGCGCCAUCGCACCAAACUCGGCCGGGGUCUCAGUCAGGUUAUUGAAGACCAGGCAGACAGGCAAUCAGUCAUUCUGUCAGACACAGUCGCAACUGAGUUUAUGGAAGGUUUACCAGCGGCAAAAGACGAUUUGGAACUGCUGACUGUCGCCUCACAAACAUCAUAUGCUCAAACCAUAUUGAACGGGCCGGAAGGGACGGUUCUACCAACUCGGCUGAUGGAGCUCCAUUUGAAUGUCCCUAUUGUUUCCCGGAGGGCUUGGGCUCGUCAUGUUUUCAAUGACUUGAUGCCAUAUCUGUGUAUCUUCCCAGACUGUCCGACACCCCAUCGGCUGUAUGAAAGCCGCCGGGAGUAG